AUGCUUCAUUCUAAUUGUGACAUAAACGAGACUAAGGAUGUCAACCGAGUUUACGAUGAGCUGCCGGUUUCACGCAGUCGUGGCGCUUUUCCUGCUUCUUAUUUGCCGUCAAGACGUUUCAUCAAAGAGACUGCUGGUUGCUGGAAGAGAAGCAAAAAAAGCGUUUGCUGCAACUGGCCUCGACGUUGCUACGUCGUCGAAGAUGAAGAUGAUGAUGAUGAUGAUGUAAAUGCUGGAUACGGCCUCCGUGAUUAG